AUAAAAAUAUGAUAACUCAUAGUUAAACCACCACCACCUAAAUAUUAUUUGUCCUUCAUGACAAUUUGUUUGUGUGUGUUUAUAUAAAUAUAUACAUAUAUAUAAUGUUGUGUAUUUUAAAGGCAUAUAUAACAUUAGAAAAAUUAAGUUUGCAGUAUACUGAUAGUUAUUUUUCCAAUUAAUUAAGAUGUUGGAGGGAAAAGCUGUGGUGCGUGAGACAGAUAUGACAGAGGCAAUGCAAAGCCAUGUUAUGGAGUUAGCCUACAAAGCUCUUGAUCUUCAUGAAGUUUCUGAUUGUCAAUCCAUUGCAAAUUAUAUCAAACAGCAGAAGGUUGAUGAAGCAUAUGGGCCAGCAUGGAACUGUGUGGUUGGGAAAGAGUUUGGAUCUUGCAUUACUCACUUGACUGGAAGUUUCAUUUUCUUUCAUGUGGAGAUGAUGGAGUUUCUUAUCUUCAAGGAUGGCAAGGACUUCCAUGAAACAAAAGAUCAAGCUAUUGGCAUGGAGUUUCACACAAAAAAACCAAUACAAUAAUUAAGAUAUAUACAUACAUAUCCCUUCUUAAUUAAUGUCCUAUUUUUUAGUGUUAAACUUAACUUAAUUCAGUAGUGUAGGAUUGUUAAUCUCAUCUGCCAAUUCACCAAUGGUAUGACCCAAUUAUUUGAACAAAUUAUAAAUAUAUAUCAUAUAUAUAUAUUAUAUUUGGUCAUU